GCAGCAGCGUCUGUGCAGCCCCGGCGUCCCCAGGCUGAACAGCCGCCAUAAACCAGCCUGAGUCCGAGCCGUUCCAGGCUCUCUCAGGAGGUCACCGCUCCUCAGUUACUCCUUAAACCUUGGCACCCAGCAUGUGGUGGGGUGUGGGUGAAGGAGAGGAGGGGUGUACAUCCGCACAGCAUCCUCCAAAGAGCGGUUCGAGGAUGGCAUCUUGUCCCAAGCCCUUUCCACCCGGAGCCCAUGGUUUUGCUCGUGUUGAGCUGCAGUCAGGGGCUGGCCGGGAGCAGCUGAUUUGUAUGAAGAUGGGCUGCUGGGACCUGUUAACAUAAUGCCAAAAGGUUCAGGCCCCCCUGACCUGGUGAAGAUCGUUGGAGGGCAGGGGCAAAGCAAGGCGGGUGUCUGGAGGGAGCUGGGAAAUGCUCAGGCUGCCGCAGCAGCCAGGAAGAGCUUUUUGUUAGGUGCCACUUCUUAGUGGGGCAGGAGGGCGAAGAAGGUCCGCAUCUGAAUGUAUCCAGAGUUGAUCCCAACGUGGCUGCCAAAGCCUGCAGCUGAGGGUUAGGUCUGUGGGCACAACAUGAGGACACGCUGGGAUGGAGCCCCUCGCUCCGCGUGUUUGUUGUUUGCUGAGCAGCUCCCAGGUGGGAAGGGAGAAGCGUGUUAGAUAAGGUGUCAGACCAAGCAGGGCGAAGGGCUGCUUACUGCCGUUUCCUCGCACGAGUUUUUGUUGCUUUUUGGAACACGUUGUGCCUUCUAGGUUUGGUAAGGAGAUGGUUGCACUUGCCUCCAUCCUGACUCCGCUCACGUGGAGCGUGGUCUCGAGGCUGAUGCCAGCCAGGGACUAUAUUCCCAUGGUGAAGAAUGGCCAAGUCCCAGCAUCAGGACCACAGUCCCUACUCUGGCUGGCCAGGAUGUGCCCCGUCUUGUAGGACCUUUUAUCUCAGAUCUUCUGCCAGGACAAAGCACCAAAAUGCAGCCUGUGGCCCUGCACAGCCUUUCGGAGUUGGAAAGAGCCAGUCUGCAAGAGAUUGCUCUCUACCAGCUGCAGAAGAAGCUGCUUGUUGGAGAUCUCAGCCUGGCUAAAGUUGGACCUAAAGGCAGUAAAUCUAUCCGGCAGAAACUGGAGAGCUUUUCAAAGGAGAAGAAAGACUGCUCUCCUCAGACUUUUGGGAUUCCGCUCUUCCAAGUCAUUGCCAAUGAUCGCGCUUACAAGCAACUGCAGGAAGAAGUGAAAAAGAGCCGCCGGCUCUGCCUGGAGGUGGAAGCGACAGUGACGAGAUUUCGGGCUCAGAGGCAGAAGAGGUCCCCGACGGGCAGGACCUGUGGCCUGGUACCCUGUGGAGUCUUCCUGGAGGAGCCGUUUUCCCCAACUUUUCUCAACAACAGCUCCUGGAGCCAGCGAAGGGGCGCAAUGUCCGUGGACUCCAUCACUGACCUGAGUGACAACACUUCCAAGCUGCUGGAGGCACUGCAGUUGUCACGCCCCCACGAGCUGAAUCCACGGAGAAGCCUGGGCAAGAAAAAGAUGUUGAGCCUCAACCCCAUCACCUGGCAAGUCCCACGGAUUGUGGACAGAUGUUGCAAACACAUUGAAACGCACGGUCUCCAAACGGUGGGCAUCUUCCGUGUUGGGAGCUCCAAGAAAAGAGUCCAGCAGCUGAGGGAAGAAUUUGAUCAAGGACUGGAUGUUUUCUUAGAUGAGCAUCAAAGCGUUCAUGAUGUGGCUGCUCUGCUCAAAGAGUUUCUUCGGGACAUGCCGGAUUCACUGAUUCCCAGAGAGCUCUAUGCAGCCUUCCUCAGCACAGCCUCCAUGGAGGGUCCGGCGCAGCUGGCUGCUCUUCAGCUGCUGCUCUUCCUGCUGCCCCCCUGCCACAGCGACACGCUGCACCGGCUCCUGCGGUUCCUCAGCGAGGUGGCCCGGCACGCCGAGAGCUCCUGGGGCCCUGAUGGCCAGGAGAUUCCUGGGAAUAAAAUGACAGUUUCAAACUUGGCCACAAUCUUUGGUCCCAACAUCCUUCAGAAAGAGAAGCCUGGAGAAAAAGAUGCUGGUGCCAUGAACUUUGAAGAUAGCACUGCCAUCAUACUGGUGCUCCAGAGGUUGAUUGAGCACUACCAGACCUUGUUCAUGGUCUCUCCAGAAAUGCAAUGUGACAUCCUAAGGAGGCUAUUUCAGACAGACCCCGAUGUCAUCGACUACCUUUUGCGCAGGAAGUUCAACGCCGUGCCAAGCCCAGAGAGUGAGGAUUCAACAGAGGAGCAUGCUCCAUCCCCGCUGCCUGGUCGGACCCGCACCCUGGAGAGCAGCUCGGUCUCAUCAGAGUUGUACAGCAGCGUCUCAUUCCUAAACCUGGAUGUUGGCAUCUAGCAAGCCUGGGCCAGGCCCUCUGCACUGCCUUCUGUGGACAAAACUGGGCAACCUUUCCCCAGCCAAAAUGAGUCCUCUGUCCCACUUUGGAGGAGCGGAGAAGCGAAAGGAGUAUGAAUGCCUGCGGGAGCAUCUUUGCUACCAGCAGACAUGCCCAACCGUCCUGGUGUAGGCAGACCCACAGCAGGAGAUGUGUUUGCAGGUUGCCAGCAGAAAGGCUUUCCACACGUGGGUUUGUUGCUAGAUGGCAACCAAGAAACCCGUCUGCUCGCGCGGUGGCUGUGCAUGCACGGCUGGGUAGGCAGCGGUGUGCGAAGGGGAGCGUGCUCCGGGACCGAGCUGGAAAGCCGCUGGCGUGUGCUGUAGCCUGCUUUCUUCCCAGUGGUUUGAGGCGUGAGAUUCCUGUCCCCGGAGCUGUGCGUGAGCUCGGGGCUCAGGGUUAGCAGCACUCUGGGUGGCAGUGCAGGCGAGGACUGCACGGUGGCUUCGUGACGUCCCUGCCCGGGGAGGACAAUCUCUCCCCUCUAAAUGACCGCCAGCCCUGUGCACUGGGACAGCGAACUGGUGCAGACUGGGGAGCAGCAGGCAGGUGUCUGACAGCUCGUGCCGUCCUCGGCGGAUGGGACUCAGAGGUCCAAAGUAGACCCUGUCUGGUGUACCUCCAGGCAUUUUCUGGGUGCUGGUGGGGGGCUGCUUACGGGGAUGGGGGGCAGCAGUAGCCUGGGGCUGAGACCCCCUGCGCAGACAGGGAGGAGAGCGGCCCGAGACAGAAGUGGAUGGGGACCGUUAGCAGGGCAGUGAGGAUGGAAACUGCAGUUCAACUUUGUGCAGUUGGUGCUCUGGGAUCCCAUUUACCCUGUGUUGUUGUAUCACAGGCUUGUGCAGAGGGAAAGGUCUCGUGGACCUAAAGCAACAGCAGCAUCGUUGCAGAGACACCCUGGCCUGCCAUGUUUAGAAUGAAUCACAGCUUUCUUCUUUGUCUGAACCCAGGUUUCAAACUGCUCAUUUUAUAGACAGAAAACACUGUAUCGACCCCAAAAUGUAUGGCUGGUGUAGUAAGAGGGAACAAUAUAUUCUGAGGAUUAUAAACUUUAAUUUUCCUUGAGUUAAUA